GUUGUUUUGCAAGGAAGAAAAAUAUCAACAAUGGCAAGGUUGUCAAGAGUACUGAAAUUAGCUCCCUUAAUUUGUAUAAUUUUGAUAGCACCAUGGAUGGCAUCUGCGGCUCUUGUCCGGCGCAAAUUCACCAUUGGAACGCAGAGUGUGACUAGAGUGUGUAAUACUCAGACGAUUGUAACAGUCAAUGGGCAAUUUCCUGGCCCCACCAUAUCUGUUCGCGAAGGCGAUAAUCUUAUCGUUGAAGUGGACAACAAUGGGCCGUAUAAUGUGACUAUACAUUGGCAUGGAGUAAAGCAGUUGGGAUCGUGCUGGGCAGAUGGACCUGCCUACAUAACGCAGUGCCCAAUUACUCCUGGAAAUAAAUUCACGUACAACUUUACAAUCACAGGGCAGGAAGGGACGUUGUGGUGGCAUGCACAUAUCUCAUAUCUGAGAGCCACGGUGCAUGGAGCAUUGCUCAUUUUACCCCGUGCUGGAAAGGUUUAUCCAUUUCCCAAACCAGCUGCUGAGUUUCCUAUUAUUUUGGGUGAAUGGUGGAAUGCGAACGUGGAAGAUGUAAUAGCAGAUGCGCUUAAAAGAGGAGUUCCACCAAAUGACUCCGACGCAUACACCAUUAACAGCCAGCCAGGAGACUUUUUCCCUUGCUCUGCCAAUGAUACUGCUCGUAUUUUGGUUGAGAGAGAAAAAACUUAUCUUCUGAGGAUUGUAAAUGCUGGCAUGCUACAUGCAUCCUUCUUCAAAAUUGCACAGCACAAAAUGACUCUUGUGGCAGUGGAUGCAGUUUAUACCAAACCAUAUACAACCGAUUUGCUGCUUAUACAGCCAGGGAACACCAUGGAUGUGCUCAUAAAAGCUAACCAACAGUCAGAGCUCUACUACAUCGGCACUCGCGUAUAUAACAGCCAGCCUCUAGGGACUGGAUACUUAAAUACCAGUGCAACAGCAAUAUUGCAAUACAAAGGCAGCAGCAUUUCAUCUGCCCCACUCUUGCCCAACUUUCCUGCAUUUAACGAUAAGCCAACUGCAUUCAAAUUCACUAAAAACCUGAGAAGCCUGCGGCCUUCUGUUCCAAAGAAUGUUGAUGAGGAAAUGUUUAUAACAGAGGGAUUCGGGCUCGUUAGCUGUCCCAACAAUUCCUGCGCAGGAAUCAAUGGUGGAAAAGCAGUUGGAAGUUUUAAUAACAUUUCAUUCGUGGAGCCAGAGAUAGCUAUACUUCAGGCUUAUUAUAAUGGUAUAAGUAGAGUGUUUACCAGAGAUUUCCCAAAUAAUCCUCCCCAGACAUUCAAUUACACUGGUUCUGUGCCCCGUAGUCUUUGGGAGCCCGAGUUGGGGACAAAAGUUAAAGUUCUGAAAUUCAAUAGUACUGUUCAAAUAGUUUUUCAGAACACUGGGAUUAUUACAAUACAGAACCAUCCUAUACACCUUCAUGGCCAUGAUUUUUAUCUUGUGGGUCAAGGCUUUGGUAACUAUAAUUCUCGAACCGAUCCUGCAAAUUUUAAUCUGGUGAAUCCACAGAUGUUGAACACUGUUGGAGUUCCUACUGGUGGGUGGGCAGCCAUUAGAUUUGUAGCCAACAAUCCAGGAGUUUGGCUCAUGCAUUGCCAUUUUGAAUCUCAUUCUGCACUUGGUUUUGACAUGGUGUUUCUCACCGAGGAUGGGCCAGGAUAUUCUGACAAAUUGCCGCCUCCUCCUUUGGAUCUACCUAAAUGUUAGACCGAUUUCUUUCUCUGCAAAACUGUUGGUUUCAGGAGUAGUUACUCAUAGAUGCCGGAAGCCAGAAUUGGUAAGAUUAUAUGGUUAAUUUUUUAAACAGCUGACUCGAGAACGAGUCAUGGAAAUAAAGAUUAUGUCGUACAUUUUUAUUAAUUUAA